UUUUGUAUCUCUAUUUGAAUGCCUAUAGAUUGUCUAAAAGGAUCUUCAAGGAUUUUCAUGGUUAAAUAAUUGAUAGAUCAUCAAACUUUGUUGCUUUCUUUAUUUACAUUGCCUUUAUGUGCAUAUAUUCAGUCGUAGAUGCGUUAUUCAGUACUGAUGGGGGAUGGGUGGGGAUUUAGAUGUUAAUAAAAGGAAUAAGAGAAACUAGAAAUGUACUGUAAUUUUAAGUUUAUAACCAUGUUAUUUUUAUUUAAACUGCCUGAAUUAAUGACCCUUUGAGGCUUACAUCUAAUAUCCAUAAAAUGUAAAAAAAUUAGAAAUGUAAGCAAUAUCAGUUAUGUAUAAGGUGCAAAAGGGAAGCCGGUCUGUCUCUGGAUGAAUUGAAAAGUUAUUCUGAUAUCAAGUUUCAGUGGGUUAAAUCCUGCCUUUGGUCAUGGUUUAGAAGACGAACUGUGGGAUUGUAAGGCUGGCUCACAAUAAUACUCUUCAAUGAAUCUUUGAAAUUCUACUACACAACAAAAGGUUUCAUUGCUCCAGUUCAUGUGGUAUGGUUGUGCAGGUGCGCUUACAACCCGAUCCCUUCCUCAAUGAACUCACUAACAUGUUUGAGCGGACUACUGAGAAGGGCUCUGUUUGGGUUACACUCAAGCACUCUUCAGACAAGUCUAAGGUGCAGAGGAAUAAAAUGAAAACAUGUGGGGAAAAGAUUGAGUACAGAUGCCUCGUUCGAGCAACUGAUGGCAAGAAGACCAUAUCCACUCUGGCAAGUAUUCCAGCAUUAUUUUCUUCAUGCUUGCUGAAUUGAAUUGGUUUGUAAAGU